UGAGCGUCAUACGUGUCCUAACUCUCUAGUUUCAUGUUGCCAACGAUACUUCAGGAUGACAGCUGGGCAUUCGUUUUUUCAAUGGUAAUAUAAUCAUGGAAAUAAUAUUUCAAUGAAAUAUUCGACAAAUGGAAGAUCAAACAAGUGGUGAGGCAGUUGCUACCCAAUUGGCUGAUUUUAAAAUGACAGCAAGGACAUAUUACACUCUAGCCGUGGAGAAAGUGAGAGAUGUUGUGUCAUCCCUUCCUGAUGACAUAAGGCCAGGUCCUGACCUGUAUGGACUACCAUGGGAAGCUGUCAUUGUCACUGCGUUGCUGGGGUUGGGCACCCUCCUAUUGUUCACCUGUAGGUUCUACCAAUGUAUAAAGAGCAGACUAUAUUCUGGCAAAGAGAGGCGGAUGGGCCUGAAGGUGGCUCAACUAUUAGAUGAAAAGUGCAAAGUACUUAAGACUUUGAGUGAGGUUCAACAAAAAUAUGAAAAACUGGAAUCUGCCCUGCGGAAUAGUGGCGUUUUGGCUAAAGCCGCAGAGAGGGAGAAUCUGGAGGUGAUGUUCCAGAGACUGAAACAGUCAAAUACACAGCUUGGAGAUGAUAUAGAAAAGUUAAAGGAGGACCUACAUAUCCAGAGAGCGAGGAGGUUGCAGCAGGAGAAGACGAUUGCAGAUAUGCAGGAAACCUUGAAAACUGUAGAAGAAGAAACCAGGGACCUCAAGUCCCAGACAGAGCAGGCACAGACAACCCUGAAAAUAUAUGACAUGAACAGUGAGAGGAAUCAGAAUAAUCUGGAGGCAGCAAAAGAAGAGAAGGCCUUGCUCCAGGAGAACAAUGCACAGCUGGUCCAGGAAGCAGAGGACUGGGGGGAGCGGAUGAGUGAACUGGAGGAGGAGAUGAGGAUGUGUGAGAGCUCCUACACUGGAAUGGUGCAGGAUGCUGCCACCAAAGACGAGAGCAUCAAGUCCCUGACAGACUGCCUGUUGAAGAUAAAGGACUGGGACUCAGUGCUGGAGGACGGAGCCAACGGAGAGGAGAGAAAUGGGACACGAGGGGCGGAAAAUGGAGAGGGUCCAGAUAACCAUCAACGACAAAGAAUACAGAAACUAAUUCAUGCAGCCAAGAUGAAUGCAGACUUGAAGUCAGUGGAUGAAGACAAGGACAGGGUGUUUGCCAAGCUAGCAGAUGAAGUCAAGGCCAUGGAGGAUCUCCAAGAGAGGAUUAAGAAACUUAAGAAUGAGAAGGACUCUCUGCAGACCGAGAGUGAGAAGUACACGGGCCAGGUGCAGAAACUACAACAGAAACUGCAGAUCAUGACAGAGAUGUACCAGGAGAAUGAGCUCAAACUACACAGGAUGCUGACGGUGGAGGAGAGGGAGCGUCUGCAGAAGGAGGAGAAGCUGACCAAGGCUGACAGGAGUAUCAGCCUGGCCGUGGAGGAGCUCAGCAGCUACAGGCAAAGAGCACAAGACCUGGAGGAUGAGCUGGAGAAGACCAACCAGGCCUACAAGAUCCAGAUAACCUCCCAGGAAAAGAAGGCACACAAUAACUGGCUAGCAGCACGAGCUGCUGACCGUGACCUGGCUUACAUUAAAAGAGAGAAUGCACACCUCAGGCAAAAGUUGACUGAUACUCAGUUCAAGCUAGAUCUGGUGGAGAAAGACCCCUAUGCUCUGGACAAUAUGGGCAGACCCCCGUUCAGAGGUGAAAGGUCACCGUAUGGCCCCUCCCCCCUGGGUCACCCUGCCGCUGAGAACAGAGCCUUCCUGUCUCCGCCCACCCUGAUGGAUGGCCAGCCACACCUCUCUCCAAACGUCCCUCCCAUGGGACCGGGAGGCAGAGCAGUAUCCCGAGGCCUAGUAGAUCCCACCGGUGGGGUGGACUCCGAUCGGAGUGGUGGUCCUCACUCUGACAGUGGCUCGAUAUCUCCCACCUGGGAGAGGGAUCGCAGGGGCCCACCUAUACCCCCUCCAGGGUAUAUGUAUCCAGAUCCAGGCCUUCCCUACAGGAGACCCCUGCCCGGAGCCUUUCCCCUCGGGCCUAUGGGGCCCCCCCCACCCAGGGGCCCCGGUCCUGCUGAGCCCCACAACUUUGGGCCCCGCCCUGGAGAUCAAUCUGACUUGUCAUUUAUGGAAAACAGCAUGGGUCCUGGUGAAAAUGAAAGAGAUUCCCACAUGUCAGCACCUGGAGAUCUGAGGAUGGGGCCUCCUCCCUUAGGACCUCCUGGUAUGGGUCCCCUCCCCCCCAUGGACCCUUACUUUGCACGCAGAGGCCCCCCAGGCCCUUUCGGACCCCCAGACUUCUUCCCCCCACGAGGUCCAGCAGGACCCCCCAUAGGCAUGCGAGGACCACCUCCCCCGGGAAUGUUUGGGCGAUUUCCACCUCUGCUGCAUAUGGGCUAUCCUCCCAUGAGGCCCCACCCAGACAGUUUUCCCCCUGGACCUCCUCCAAGGCCCUCCCCACCAGACAGCGAACAGCCUCCUGACCAGUCCCCUUCUCCACAUGAUGUCAUCUGAGCCAUCUCUCCCCGCCUGCUUCCUGUUGUGCUGGUAGUGAGCGACUUAGGGUGUGCUCAAGGACUGUUUCAUGAAGUGUAACCUUAAGUCAUUUGGCUGUCUUUCCCUUUUUUAGAGGCCGACAGUGGAAUUGUUUCCCCGCAGUGUCUUUUUGAAGAAGUUCCAUAGUUGUGUGAAUCUGCUGAUGGUAAACUGCCUGUGAGACUGCCUUUUUCGGAGUUGUGACUUGGGAAGGCUGUGUUUUCUUCCAAUGGCAAAGGCUUUUUAAUUUUACUUUGAAAUAAGUUCCUAAUUUCUCCCUUGCAUACUUGCCAUGUGUAUAUAUUAAGAUAUUGUGAAAAAGGAAGUGUAUCACCCUUAAUCCAUUCACAUUUUCUGUCAAUUGACCUGAAAGAUGUUCAUUACCUUUUAGCUGUGAUUUCUUGACCGUCCAUAGUUUGAUCAAGAAAUUACAGUAGUGUUAGCCUUGAGGGAAUAUGAGAUAUUGUAAAAGUCUAAUAAAUUAUGUUCAAGUGUUUACAGUU